UUGCCUGCACGUUCUGCUGCGUGCCUUGUCAUCACGUAGGACAGGUUUUGGUUUGCAAACACGAUACAUUCCUCUCUCCCAGUGCCAGAGCUCUACCGAGGAACAGAGGACAGGACGUGAGGGCAGCAGAGGGAGGGGCAAAUUAAAAGAAGAAUCACAACUAAACUUGGAUGGAUUUAAACAUGUAAUCCCGGACAUAGGUACUGUCGGCUUUAGGCUUUUUUGUUAUGUUCAUGUCACGCCUGGUGCGGGAGCCAGCGAGGUAAACGUCCGGGAUACAUACACACAUAGAAACACACGGGCUGAACGGGAUGCCCGCGUGACUGCAGGGAGGAAAGAGGCGGCGGAGGGCGAAGUGGGGGGGGAGUCUAGGUGAGUGUGUGGACCACCGCAAAACCCCCGAGGUGGAGUUGCCAAAGCUUGAAAAUCGAUGGAGGAUAUUUAUUUCCUGAUCAUGUCCAGGUAAUUAGUCUCGCUUUCCGAACGAACCGAUGUGAUCUUAUGGCUUUGAUCUCCACACCGUCUUUUCUGUAACGUGACAGGAUGAGGACCUAACAUAAGGUCUCGGGAAUGGGAGCGCACAUGUUCGGAUGUUGCUCCUCCUGACUGGACACACGGACUGAAAGGCUCAUGUCGUCUCUGCUGGGGGUGAAACAACGAGGGAUCAGCUGCUUUCUUUGGGAUGCUUUAAAAUUUGCGGCCUGCUCGGGUCUCCUGUUACCGCAAUGCCUCUGGCGAGAGGUGGAAGGCAUAAGAUGGAGAGGAGGGAGCAGCAAACAGCCAAAUGAGUAUAUGAUGUAUAGACUGCAAAAGAUUAGCCCCAUUUGUGAGAUUGUGUUUUAAUCGGAGAAUGACUGAGUAGCAGAAUGGUAUAGACUAUACUCUAUAGGCUGCAGUGGCCUGUGAACUGCAUGGGGGGAAAGAGACACUGUAUUGACUGAAACAAUCUUAGUAUCAUGGCUGAAACGUCAAAUGAGGUGAGUACGGUGGCUGUGAGUGUGUAGUGGCUGCUCAAUUCUCAACUUCCUGCUGACAAAGUUCUUGAACUCGCUGACUGGACUGUAGUGCGCACCAUGGGGCAUUGCGCAGAACCUAUGGCACCUGCCAGUGGAGAUCUUGGUGCAUAAUUGUGACAGAGUGGAGCUCUGAAGCCAGCAUUUAUGUCUCUCCUGUACUUCUACCCACACAACUGAACUUUGUUUUAUGAACCCAGAGUAAGCGUGAAACCUCUCCCAGCCUCCUCCACACACAGACAAGCCUAACAUGCCUUCACCGUCAGACUCCAGCAGCGUGGCUUCGGGGUCUCGAGGCUGGUCGGACAGCCGCAGGGGCAUGUCGGGCCGGGGGCCUGGUGGGGCACGGCUACUCCUGUACCUAGGGCUGUGCCACCUGGGCCUAGGGGCCAUGGUCCUGGCCUUCUCUUUCACCAGCAUGGCCUUCACCUCCUCAGCCCGCGUGAGGCAGUCCUGUCCAUUCUGGGCUGGCUUCUUUGUGGUGGCAUCAGGGAUAGUUGGAAUAAUCUCAUGGAGGAGACCGCUGACACUGGUGGUGUCACUGUUCAUGCUGCUGUCCGCAGUGUGUGUGAUCCUCAGUCUGGCCGGCUCGAUGCUCUCCUGUCAGAACGCACAGAUGGUCAAGUCUAUGCUCACCUGCCAGGUGGAGAAUGGUCUGUGUGUGUGUUGCGCGCCCACUCACUCCUGCUCCAUCACAGAGGAGGAGACCCUGGUCCUUUACCUGAAUGCGGACUGUCACUCAGUCAGACAUCAGCUGAAGGACCUUUUGUUCAGUGCAUGUGGUCUCAGCAUUCUCUCCACCAUCAUCUGUACUCUGUCCACUGUGACCUGCAGUAUCCACAUAUUCUCUCUGGACCUUGUGCACCUGCUGGCCCCACAUCGCUCUCGUUCAGUCAACCCAGAAUGCACCACUCCUCAAGACGCCUUCCUGACCAACAUCAUUGACUUUGAGGAGUUUGUCCCACCCAUCCCUCCGCCCCCCUACUAUCCUCCUGAGUACACCUGCAGCUCUGAAACAGAUGCUCAGAGCAUCACCUAUAAUGGCUCCAUGGAGAGUCCUGUUCCUCUCUAUCCCACUGACUGCCCCCCUCCUUAUGAAGCUGUGAUGGGACAAAGAGCUGCAAGCCAAGCAACAGUGUAUGACCCCCACGGCACUGAGCUGUCUGGAGAGAGAGGAACUUCUACUGCCUUCAGUGGAGAAGUGUCCAUGGACAGCGGAUCUCUGUUGAUGUCAGAGAUUGUGGACAUCCCUGAUGAUUCCUCCCCCUCUGAGGACUCCUGUCUGUUGGAGGUUGGGCUGAGGAACCAGGGGGAGAGGGGCAACAGGACCAUUGGUGAGGGGGGAGACGGAGGAGACGGUGGGGAGUACAUCAGCUUUCGUGGUCCCCCGUCUCAGACACCAGAGAGUCCUCUGGCAGGAGGGCCGAGAGCCAGGCGCUUCCUCAGAGGAGGGAGGUCCAACUCCUGCUCUUCACCCAGCACAGCGACUAACACAUACAGGUCUCCAGUAUUGCGUCACCAGGCCAUGCUAGCUAGUAGCUGUUCCCAGCUGGAAGCAAUAGGGGGUUCCACCUCUCAACAGCAAUCCUCCAUCACAGAGAUUCGAGUUCACCCCUCCACACCCUCACGCCAAGCAGCUGCCCCAACCUCCUCUGCUCCUCCCACUUCACCCUUCUCAGCUGCCUGCGAGCAGAGUGGUGGUCAGGGUAAUGGGCCAACUCUCCUGGGCCAACCGUUGUACCUUCGACGAAGGGCAGGGAAGAGUGAGAAGGAUGGAGAAGGUGUAAGAAGGGAUUGUGAAGGUCUCCUACGUCUUGUGAGGUCACAUAGCGAGCCAGGCCUCGGCUCCUCGACUGACACAGUUGACUUUGGCUCUGGAGGCAGCAAAACAUCAACAGACACAGGUCCAUCCUCUGAGGCAUGUCUGUUGCCCCGCACCUCUUUGCCUCCUGCUGCUGCUCUGCCAAGGAAAGGCAGCAUGAAAUCAGCAGCCACAGGGGUGCAGGUCCCCUCCAAACCUCCCCCCACCUCACCACUGCGUUUACCUAAAGACUGCCACCGUUCCCUAGGCGACCUUAAGGUGACUCGAGGUCUGGUGGCUCGCUUCCUGCAGCGCUCCAAACGCAACCUAUCACCCCCCUCCGAGCAUGCUGGGAGCACAGGGCAGGGGCCUAAGAGGAGGAGUGGAGCUGAGGGCGCUGCCACCAACUACCUGCCCUUGGAACAAGUGUUGCUGACCCCUUGGAACACCAGCCGAGGACACCCAAACCAUCACUCCCAUCACCCUCAUCGCCGUGGACACCACCAUUCCCAUAGUGACAGUCGACACAACAGGCACCACAGCAGUCGGGUGCCAGAGGGGAUCCACCUGCGCAGCUGUGGAGAUUUAAGCUCCUCCUCCUCUGUGUCACUACGUAGAUUAGUGACACCUCAUGCACCGCAUGGGUCGUCAGGAGCUCUCUACUCAGAGUCUGCAUUGUGAGGAGAAGAGGAGGGUGAAGGAGGGAUGGAGGAGGAAAAUAGGAGGGAUACGAGUUGAGAGGUUUGUAAGGAAGACAGGGAUGGGAGGAAAUAAGGCAGGUCGAAGAAAAGGAGAGUCUAAGGCAGUUUAGUGGAGAUAUCUAGUACUGAAAUUUUGAAAGUCUUCCCUCCUUUUCCUCUUUGUCACCUCCAUUUCCUGAAGCCAACUGUGCAAAUGGCCUUAUUCAGGGGUGCUCUUUAUCACUCUAGCAUCAGCCUAGAGAUCACACUAUUUCACUGUUCAACAUCAGUGAAACAGUCACUAGAUGCAUAUUUCCGGACAGUGUGGUCCCUGUUCUAAGAGAAUAAAUCCACAACUAGCCAAGACAACCAAGAAGAAGCAUAUUUUCUGCUGUAUUCUCCACUCCCUCUCUCAGUACUCAUCUGGAAACAUUUUCCUCAAGACUGGAGACAGAACUCAACUAGCAUUCAUGCUACAUUCAGUCUGUUACAUGAUUAUGGGUUGCACUAUGCUUCUGGCCCUUUUGUACAUUGCUAUUCAUCCACAGGAUCGCUCAGGUGAAGUGAUCAUGUAAACCCUUAUGUUGUCUUCCAUUGAUUUAAAAAAUGCAUCUCAAUAAACAUGUAGUUAGCUGAGUACAAUGUAAGAUAAACAGAUGAGGUUGCACGAGGACAAAUGCUCUCACAUGGAAAACCCUUUACUGAGUAGCUAAUUUUGUCUUUUUCUUUUUGCAGUUCAGAUUCCCACCUUCUCCACGGUUACCUCUACAUUGGCCUUCAAAAAAAAGGCAGCCAGCAUUUGUAACAUUGACAUUAAUGCACGCCACAGACACAUGCUCAGCCUAUGAAAUGUAUUCUCUGUGGGAGGCCCCUGGACACGGUGGUUUGAUUUGCAUAUGUGCAUGUUUUCAGCCUCCCAAAUACAGCAGGAACCUUGUGCAUUCGAUCCUGACCAUCUGUGUAACUAAGUAACAUGUCCUCAGAAUGUCUUUAUCUGCAUGUUUUGACAAUGCUUCUUACUUUUUUCCUCUUGCACCCAAGACCUGUGAUAGUAGCCAUUUAAAAUGUGUUUGUGUUAAUAAAUAGCCGGAGUGGAAGGUCAUUGUUGAAGAUGUGCAGCACUCCCAAAGUUUUCUGCCAGAUGGCUCCAAACAUGCCUCUGCAUCCUAAUUUGAUUUUGACAGGGUUUGAAAAUGUUUCACAGGCAUAUCUGUGACACUGGCUAAAGUAGCCUGAUCCUGAAGGAUAAAGCGGUGGAAACUGCACUGUGACUCUGAUGACAGGAAGACGCUCUUGCAAUAAAUGUACAGACAAAUUUGUUACGAAGUUGGGCAUCACACUAUGUGUUGGCACGAUUCUCUUUGGACUUGCAGGGCUUGUGGAUGGGUGGUUAAAUAAAAAAAAAAAGGCUUGGGCUGCUGACAGUCCAGAUACAGUGAACAUAUGAUGGGUCUGGCAGCUCUGGAUACUGGAUUUUGAAGUCUAUCAAUAUUUGUGUCAGAUAGAUUGGAGGUUUUUUUUCUUUGGAAAGUCUUUUUUGGUGUGCUCACUAAGUGAUGAUAUUGACUCCAUAUCAGUAAACACACAUUUUGGAUACACUCAUAUGUAUGUAACUAAUUUUAAAAAUUUACACGCAUACAUGCCUGCAGAGAUACAGGCACACCCAUACACUCCCUUAUUAAGGCACUGAGCUGUAUUUCUACCUCCUGUCUUGCAUAAAACAUUAUUUAUUUGAAGAAAUGUAUAUCUGUAUGGCAGGCUUAACAAGAUGGAGCCUUGAAACCUGAAUAAUACAUGUAUCUAAAUAUGACACCUAUUCCAGAUUUUAAAUGCAGUGUCAAUGGCAAAACUUUCAAUGCAAGUUAUGUAUUUCAAAAUAUGAAAUAAAUUAUAGACGUCAAAUAAAAAUA